UCGAACAUUGCUAAGUAUAAGUUUAACAAAAAUAAACGAAAAUGACGUCAGAGGCAGAAGAGGGACCGAUAGAGAAUUAUGAAGAAUUCUUCAAUGAAAUAUUGGACGAUUAUCAGAGUCUUGUUUCUGUGACAAGAUUACCGGAUUUUAUGUUUAAAGAACCGGAUUUACCUGAAAACGAAUACAAACACGGCAAAACCUGUGGAAACAUUCUGAUCAAGAAUGAAUCCAACAACCGACCUGGCAGCAGUGGCGGAAUGUUAUUUUCAGAACAUUGGAUGAUUUUCCCGGAAAUCAUAGAACCGGCUAUCAUAGAAGCUGUAAAUGGAGGUAAAGGUCCUAAAGAAAUCGUUGGCAAAUUCCAUUUCUCACUGCACAACUUUACCGAAGUCAAAGUCAGUUUCACUUUCUUGAAUAACGAAGUAGCUGAAGCAUUUCGGACGAAUUGGUCCGAAGGUGAAAUCGGUUUGAAAAUUUCGGACAAAAUUAAGGAGACGGGAUAUGAAGACGAAUUGUGUAUUCGAUACUUCAAUUCAGAUAUUCUAGAGGAAUUGAAGUAAAUCGAAUAUGAAGUAUCAAUUUCGGACAAAAAAGACUCGAAUUCCAGCUCAUAUAUUAUGUUCUUCACUAAACAAUACCGUGGCACAAAUAUAAUCAGAGUAUUCCAGCAACUAUCAAUAUUUACCAUCUCGUGACGUCAUGCAAUUUAUGACGGCAUACAUAUUACUCUACACAAACGUAUUAUAUUAUGUUUCUAACCAGAGCUGGGGAGCCGGAAGAUGUUCUUUUUAUUUUUCUUGUUACAUUUGUUUGCUUUCAAUUGUGUCUGUUUACGCUAUUUAAUUCUUACAAUAAAAUGUAUAUUCGACAAGGAGAAUUUUUGG